ACUGAUCUGCAGACAUUUUCUUCUUCUAACUUCCCCUCUUGUGACCAGGGACAUAAAUAUUAGAGAAACAAAAGCCCAGAAUGCUAAGGUUGCCACUCUCACUUCCUCUUGCUUCUGUACGCAGCAUUGCUUUGAAUACAGUCAUUGUCCUGGGGCACUGAGCAGGGGAGAGAAGGCGGCAGUGUCCCGGAGGCCACCCCAGCAGGCGGAUACAGCGUGUCAUGUUUCACCGAGCCAUUUGUGGACACAGAAAAUGCGAGAAUGAUGCCUCCUACCCGCCUGGCUGGGACUCUGAUUCCAGCCAUGGCCUUCCUCUCCUGCCUGAGACCCGAGAGCUGGGACCCUUGUGUGGAGGUGGUUCCUAACAUUACAUACCAAUGCGUGGAGCUGCAUCUUGACAAAAUCCCCGACAACAUCCCCACAUCAACCAAGAACCUGGACCUGAGCUUUAACCCCCUGAGUCAUUUAGGCAGUCAUAGCUUCUCCAGCUUCCCAGAACUGCAGGUGCUGGAUUUAUCCAGGUGUGAAAUUCAGAUAAUUGAAGAUGAUGCAUAUCAGGGCCUAAGCCACCUCUCCAUCUUGAUAUUGACAGGAAAUCCUAUCCAGAGGUUAUUCCCGGGAGCUUUUUAUGGACUGUCAAGUUUACAGACACUGGUGGCUGUGGAGACAAACGUAGCAUCUCUAGAGGACUUCCCCAUUGGACAUCUCAAAACUCUGAAGGAGCUUAAUGUGGCUCACAAUCUUAUCCAUUCCUUCAAAUUACCUGAAUAUUUUUCUAACAUGCCCAACCUGGAAUACGUGGAUCUCUCCAAUAACAAGAUCCAAAAUAUUUAUCAUAAAGACUUACAGGUUCUACGUCAAAUACCUCUACUCAAACUUUCUUUAGACUUGUCCCUAAACCCUUUAAACUUUAUCCAACCAGGUGCCUUUAAAGAAAUUAAGCUCCGUGAACUGACUUUGAGAAGUAAUUUUAAUAGUGCGGAUGUAAUGAAGGCUUGCAUUCAAGGUCUGGCAGGUUUACAGAUCCAUCAGUUGGUUCUGGGAGAAUUUAAAAAUGAAAGGAACUUGAAAACAUUUGACAAAUCUAUCCUGGAGGGACUGUGCGAUUUGAUCAUAGAAAAAUUCCGGAUAGCAUAUUUUGACAAGUUCUCAGAGGAUGCUCCUGACUUAUUUAAUUGUUUGGCAAAUGUUUCUACAAUUUCUCUGGUGCAUCUGGGUUUAAACAAGCUAAGACAUCUCCCUACAAAUCUCAGAUGGCAACGGUUAGAAUUGGUUAACUGUGGAUUUGAACAAUUUCCCACGUGGAACCUUGACUCACUCAAGGAGCUUGUUUUCUCUGCCAACAAAGGUGUGAGCACUUUUACUGAGGUGAAGUUGGAAAGCCUUGAGUUUCUAGAUCUCAGUAGAAAUGGCUUUAGUUUCAAAAGUUGCUGUUCUCAGGCCGAUUUGGGGACAACCAGACUGAAGCAUUUAGAUCUGAGCUUCAAUGAUGUUAUUACCAUGAGUUCAAACUUCUUGGGCUUAGAACAGUUAGAAUAUCUAGAUUUCCAACAUUCCAAUUUGAAACAGGUCAGUGAUUUUUCAGUAUUCUUAUCACUCAAAAACCUACGUUACCUUGAUAUUUCUUACACUCACACUCGAGUUGCCUUCCACGGCAUCUUCAAUGGCUUGGGCAGCCUCCAAAUCUUGAAAAUGGCUGGCAAUUCGUUCCAGAACAACUUCCUUCCAAAUAUUUUCGUGGACCUGACUAACCUGGUCAUUCUAGACCUCUCUGAUUGUCAGCUGGAACAAGUGUCCCAGGCGGCAUUCAACUCACUCCCUAAACUUCAGUCGCUAAAUAUGAGUCACAACCACCUCUUGUCAUUGGAUACACUUCCUUAUGAACCUCUCCACUCCCUCCAGACUCUGGAUUGCAGUUAUAAUCGUAUAGUGGCCUCUAAGGGGCAAGAAUUACAGCAUUUCCCAAGUAAUCUAUCUUCCUUUAAUCUUACUUGGAAUGACUUUGCUUGUGUUUGUGAACACCAGAGUUUCCUGCAGUGGGUCAAGGACCAGAGGCAGCUCUUGGUGGAAGUUGAACAGAUGGUGUGUGCAAAACCUUUAGACAUGCAGGGCAUGCCCAUACUGAAUUUUAGGAAUGCUACCUGUCAGGCGAGCAAGACUAUCAUUACGGUGUCAGUUCUCACUGUACUCUUCGUUUCUCUGGUGGCCGUUCUGGUGUAUAAGUUCUACUUCCACCUGACGCUUCUUGCUGGCUGCAAAAAGUAUGGUGGAGGUGAAAGCACCUAUGACGCCUUUGUUAUCUACUCAAGCCAGGAUGAAGACUGGGUGAGGAAUGAAUUGGUAAAGAACCUGGAGGAGGGAGUGCCCCCUUUCCAGCUCUGCCUUCACUAUAGAGACUUUAUUCCUGGCGUGGCCAUCGCCGCCAACAUCAUCCAGGAAGGUUUCCAUAAAAGCCGGAAGGUUAUUGUCGUGGUGUCCCACCACUUUAUCCAGAGUCGAUGGUGCAUCUUUGAGUAUGAGAUUGCCCAGACCUGGCAGUUUCUGAGCAGCCAUGCCGGCAUCAUCUUCAUCGUCCUGCAGAAGUUGGAGAAGUCCCUGCUGCGGCAGCAGGUGGAGCUGUAUCGCCUUCUCAACAGGAACACCUACCUGGAGUGGGAUGACAGCGUCCUGGGGCGACACAUCUUCUGGAGACGACUCAGAAAAGCCUUGCUGGAUGGUAAACCAUGGAGUCCAGAAGGAACGACAGAUGCAGAAAACAGCUAGCAUGAAAGAGUAACCUCUGCCUGAGGAGGAAAAGCUGCUGCAGUGCUUCUUGUCCAGCUGGACUGGGUACUUUGCGCAGUUAAUGAGUAUUAAAUACUGCCACAUACCUGGUACCUGGUGUUGUGCUAAGGGCAGAUGAUUCAGUGGUGCCUGAGGUACACGGGGCUGGUGACAUCAUGGAAUUUAGAGCGCAGGGGGAAUAAACACUGUGCUAAAUUACAGAACUUCCAGGUGGAUGUUUCAAACAAAUGAGUUAAGGAGUCCAUGGUAGGGAAAGUCAACUCAACUGUUACCCCAUCAAACUGAACUAGAACUAAGAGACUGGGCCCUAGUGAAAUCAGAAAAAGGUAUAGUUCUUCACCUGAGUCUUCUGAAUGGAAACUACCUCAUGGUUUACAUUUUAGCUAUCUUAAAGCUAACUGAACGAGGUCUUCACUUCUUUUCCCUUUUCUAUUGAAUGCAAUUUAAAUUCGACUUGAUAACUCAGAAGCCUCCUGAUUCAGACCAUUCCCCACCCAUUUAAGUCUGUUUCCUUACAUAGGCUAAAGUCUAUAACUAAUUCUGAAGGAAAUCUGAUUAACACAUAUCCACAAACA